AUGGAGACAGUGACAGAUUCCCCCCAGGAUCCUGAGCCCGAGGGACACUUCCAGUUCCGUGUCAUCGUGCUGGGAGAUGCAGCCGUGGGCAAGUCCUCCCUGCUGCGCUGCUUCACUGAUGGGCUGGCUGGGGGUCCUGGUGGGGCGGCCGUGCCAGGCCCCACCGUCGGCGUCGAGUUCUACAGCCGGACUAUCCCGAUGCCACCCGCCGGCAAGGCCAAGCUGCAGCUCUGGGACACGGCUGGCCAGGAGCAGUUCAGAUCCAUCACCAAGUCCUUCUACCGGAGCGCGGCGGGGGUGCUGCUGGUGUUUGACCUCACCAACCGAGCAUCUUUUGAACACGUUCCUGAGUGGUAUCACGAGGCUGCGGGGGACCAGCUGCCUGCCUUUGUCCUGGUGGGACACAAGUGUGACCUGGAGGAUGAGCGAGCUGUGUCAGCAGAGGAAGCUGGACACCUCGCCGCCACUCUGGGCAUGGCCUUCGUGGAGACCUCGGCCCACAGCAACCUCAACGUGGAGUUGGCCUUCCAGACACUGGCUGGAGGUAUCCAGCAGGCACUGGGCCAGGGGAUCCUUGCCCCACACCAGGGAUGUGAUGGCAUCAGGCUCAUCCCCAGCCAGAGUCACCGCCAGCCCCUGGCAGGGAGGAAGCCCCACAAGCACUGCCAGUGCUGA